AGUUUUAUUAAUAAAGGACAUAACAUUAACAUUGUGUUCAGUCUUCGUCGAGGCGUUAUCAUAGUCGUUGGCGAUGUGUUUUUGAACCAUAAUGGCUCUGAAAUUAAUUUGUGUGGCUACUCUUGCUACGGCGAUACCAUUGGCAGCGUUUAACCAUAGUGCCGGAAAAAAAGAAUCUGAAUUCGACAAGAUAUGGGAAACAACGAUGAGACAAGAAGAAUUUGACGGCAUGCCACUACCCGAGAACUCAGAUCUACCGACUGUCACUCAAAUUACACCGGCAAUUGUGAAAAUCGGACAACGUUACGGUGUCCCGUAUACACAAUUUUUGGGAAAAAAGAAACACCAUCACAGUCCUGGGAAAAAAGAUGAUUUCAUGGAGCACGUGGUGGGCGCGUCUCUCAUGUCGGGCGGCACUUUGUUGUCGCUGGGCGCACUGGCUAUGGUCGUGAUGGCCAGCAAAGCUCUGCUGUUCGCGUUCGGCGCUAUCGUGUUGACGUGCAUGAACUCGGGCUGGACGACCGGGUGGCACAAGCCCUGGGAAAAGGCGAGCACCGUCUACGAAGUGGUGGCUAAACCACAGAUCGUGCACGGUCACACCUACUCCGAGGAAGUGCACCACGAUCCAUACACAGCAACGUACCCGCAGCAGCAGCUGCAGUCGUCCAGUGCCGGAGAAUACUACAGCGGAUAUCCGGUACAGCCACAUUGAUGGCCGCCAGAGACACUGUUCCUAUUCAGCUGAUAAACGUCACAAUAUUAUUUAUUAUCAUUAUUAUUUAUUAAUUUAUUAUUUUUAUUAUCAUCACUAUGAUAUUCCGAUUAUGAGUGUUAAUAUUGUUGUUAUUAUUAUUAUUAUUAUCGAUUCCGAUUAUGUCCUUCAAAAAAUGUAUUGUAUAUGAAGAGUUACAUCAACACAUCCGUCAUCUAGUAUUGCUUUAGGAUUAGGUAGACCGGCCUUGUAGGGAGCAGAUCAGAUAUACGUACCUACCCUCAUGAUAUACAUUAACACUGAGGCAGCUUAUAGGUCUAUGCUACCUACUAGGUAAUAUUAUUAGGCACGUAAACGGCGUCAAGAUGGCAAGCCAGAAUUGAUCUGAAAGACUUUAAUGCAGAGGGAAGUUGCAGAGAAAAUAUAGCAAACGACUGCUGUAAGGACGAGCAAAGUCUGUGUCCUGUCGACAGUGUUGAGACUUAUCUAGAUUUAUAAUAUUUAUAACAAUUAAUAAUAAAUUAAUAAUAAUAAAUUUAAAAUAUUCAGUUUUUUUUACUGAAAUUGUUCUCAUUGUACUAAUAGUACAUAAUAUUAACAUAUUAAUAUAUUACUGUAUGCACAAUGCACCUAUUGGCUAUUAGUUACGAUAUUAUA